GCCAGGACCUGAUUGGAAGGAGUUAAGGAGGACACAGAGGUCCUUGUGUCUGUUGUUGGCACUAAUGCAGCUUGUCCUUUCCUUGCCUGACCAUUUCUGUGUUGGCCCUGAUGUGAUUGAAGUUCUGUGGAAGCUUCUCAUUAUAACUGCCUGCUUGGGAACCUGUGCCUUUCUCAUUUACCUGUGGAGAACCAUCCUCCCUGUAAAGCCUCGACAACAUGAAGACCAAAUAAAGAGUAAUAUUAAUCAGGUGCAAAGGGAAAUCAAGGAAAUUGAAAAAACCAUAGCCAGUUGGGAGGAGAAGAUCAGCGAAGCAAAGAACGAAGCGCAAAGGAAGAGACAGCCUAAGGUUUCCCUUGGCGAAAUAAAUAAAUGGAAAGAGAACAUCAGAAAGGUGGAGGUCAUCAAUGAAAAUUUGAAGGACACCCUUCGUCUUAAACAGGCUCUCUCAGAAGUUGUGAGAGCCAGAGAUAUCCAGACUGUGGAUGUGGUCCAAGAUGAAUUGGAUGAUGAAGUGCUGAGAGCCGUCACAUGCAAAAACCAAGAGCUGAAAGAGAGCGAAAGGUUCCUGGAAGACCGGUAUAAUGCCCUGAGUUCUAAGAAAACAGCUAAAGAAGCGGAAUUGAACCUGCUAAGGAAGAAAGUGGAUAUGAUGGUGGAGUUCAGUGAACAACAAAAACGGACUGCAGAAGAGAAGUUAGAAGAGACCAUUAAUGAAUUGAAUGCAACCAGGAAUAAGCUGUCAGCUGCCAAAGAAAAGCUGAAGGUGACUGAAGAUGAAAUGGAGAAGUAUAGACAACAAGUGGAAGACAUGGAGCACCAGCUGCCAGAGGCGGAGUUGACCUUCCAAAGCCAGAUCGCAGUCCAGGAGAGGAAUGCUGUGGCUAACUGGAUGAGGGCUCGGGAUUGGGAGAGGAGGAUAGUGCAGCAGAGCAGGGAGAACGCCUACCUGAAACACAGACUGCGCAUGAUAGAUGGGGAGAUGCUGCCUGUGGGACCCACGCGUCGUGGACCGAUGCCGGGAAGGCCUGAGUUCCAGAAGCCUCUGUGGCAAGCACCUAGACCGGUUCCCGGGAUGAACAGCCGCACCGGCCCUCAAAAGGGCCCCGAGAUGCCUACGGUCGGUACAGGUGUGGGAGUGUUUCCUCAUUGCCCAGGGCCCCUUCGUAUGCCCUACCACAUGGGGCAGAAUAUACCAGGCUUUCCUCCUCCUCCUCCAGCUCCACACUGGGAGACCUGGGGGCCUCGGCCCCAUCGCGUUCCUCCACCACACGGGCUUCCUUUCCACUCAGAAGCCUGUGGAGCUCAAGGGGACAAUAGCAGCGCUGUGCCCAAGAAGGUCCCAGAGGAGAACCAAGCAAGUACAGGGGUGUUUUCAGUUGUACCCAUUUCUGGAGUCCUGUUCCUCUCUGGGCAGCACCAUCUUCUCACCUUGUGUCUGUUGGCAUUUUGAAAGGUAAACACCAUCACACACAGAUCCUACGAUAUACUCAAUCCUUCAUGCAGAGCUUACAGGCUUCUCUAUUUCCAGAUCAUCACCUUAGGUGGAGCCUCCUGAAGCCCCAGGUGCUUAGAGGUGAAGGACAGA